AUGGUCGUAAAACGUGCUGCGGACAGUGCCGAUUCGCCUAUAUUGGAGGAAGCCGGCGAGAGCGGCUCGGAACAAAAACCAAAGCCACUCGUCAAAUAUGGAGAGCUCGUUAUUCUCGGAUACAACGGGUAUUUGCCUGCCGGCGAGCGCGGGCGCCGCCGCAGCAAAUUCGUUCUGUAUCGGCGGCCGACAGCGAACGGUGUCCGUCGCUCUAAACACUACGUGGUUAAGACUCCUCACAGCAGCAAGGCCAUCCUUGACGCCAGCCAGCACUCCAUCUCGUACACGCUCAGCCGCAGUCAGGCGGUCAUCGUCGAGUACACGGAGGACCCCGACACCGAUAUGUUUCAGAUCGGUAGGUCGUCAGAGUCGCCGAUCGACUUCGUGGUGAUGGACACGGUCGCCGGUGACAAGACCGGCGACACUAAGGUUCUACAGAGCACUAUAUCGCGGUUCGCGUGCCGCAUCAUCGCCGACCGGAACGAUGUCAACAACUGCCGCAUAUACGCGGCCGGCUUUGACUCCUCCAGGAACAUAUUCCUUGGUGAGAAGGCAACAAAAUGGACAGAGAACCACGAGAUCGACGGUCUGACGACGAACGGUGUUCUGAUCAUGCACCCGCGCGGCGACUUUUGCGGUGGCAGCGCCACUUGCGGUCCGUGGCGUGAGACCUCAGUCGGUGGCGCCGUCUUCUCGCUUAGAGAGAGCCGCUCCGCACAACAGAAGGGUAUGCCGUGUCAGUCGGAGACCAACGUGUUACGAGACGGUACCAUGAUAGACCUCUGCGGAGCUACACUGCUCUGGAGAAGUGCAGAAGGACUCAAAAAUUCCCCGACAAAACGCGACUUGGAAGCGUUGGUGGACGAGUUGAAUGCGGGUCGGCCGCAGUGUCCCGUGGGACUGAAUACGCUCGUGAUACCGCGCAAACUGUCCGCCGCACAUCAGGACCUUAAUCAGCCCUACGUGUAUCUGCAUUGUGGACACGUGCAAGGCGAGCACUCGUGGGGAGCUGAGGGCAGCGAAGCGGGAACUCGCCGUUGUCCCAUGUGCCUGUCAGCGGGACCCGUGGUGAGGGUCUGUAUGGGCAUCGAACCAGCCUUCUACGUGGAUAGUGGACCACCCACCUAUGCAUUCAACCCCUGCGGUCACAUGGCCUCCGAGAGGACUGUCAAAUACUGGGCCGGUGUGGACAUCCCUCACGGCACGAAUGGUUUCCACGCGAUCUGUCCGUUCUGCGCUGCGCCGCUGGAGGGAUCGCCGGGAUAUGUGCGACUCAUAUUCCAGGACAACCUCGACUGAAACCGCACGGGACAUACGUACACAAAGUGCGUGCAUCGAACGUAACCGAAGCCGCAUCGCGUGCGCUCUCAACAAACAUACCGGACACUUGACGAAUCUCAUACACCACGUACUAUUACACCCAGCGACUAUAUAAAACAAACCUUUAUUACUUUGUAUAUUUACUGGGAAAACAGUACGUACAUUGUUUCAGUACACAAAACAUUUUAAUUUGAUUUCUAUGGACACGGGAUAGUAGUGCUGAAUCGAUAAUUCUUAUAGCUAAGAGAUACCACUGUUUGAUUAAGAAGGAAUUUAUAUUUUAAAGAAAAAGCUGUAGAACUCAAGUAGAUAUUUAUUUUGAUUAAAGGCUAAUGAAGAUGAUAAUAAAGGUAAUUGAGUAGAAUGAUAAUAAAGGUAAUUAAUGAAAAAUUCUUAAAAAAUCCCUGAUCACGAAAGGUCGUGGGUACGAAUCCCAUCUCAAAGUACCAAGGACAAAGUGGAUUUUUAAGCAUUUUUUAUUAAGAAUAUUUUCCAGUAUAGCAUUGUGAUGUAAAAUUGAUCAAAUAUAUAUUUUUUUAAAGAUGUGCAACACGCGUAGAAUCUUAUAUUAAUUUUAUUUUAUUCAAAGUUAUGAGUUAGGAGAAUCCUGCAAUGUUUGAAAUGUAACACAAUUAUAACUUAUUUUAUUUAAAGUAGAAUUGCAAUGUUUGGAAUGUAACACAAUUAUAACUUAUUUUAUUUAAAGUAGAAUUUCAUUGGCGGUGGUGUCUUUAGCUAAUGACAAUAUAAGUUGAUGUAAAUGUCACAAUAAUAUAAAAUCGUAUCGAUAAAAUGUCGAUAUUGUCGAAAGCACUAAAUCUAGUUAUACUAUUGAUAAAGUGAAAUUAGAGUGAUUUUAUUAUGAAUAAAUAACACCUUUCCAAAACCUUUUCCAGCAGCGUUACUAUGAAGUUUAUUGUUUUUUCAUUCAUACUUAUGGUGAACAGCAUAAGAGUGUAAUGGUCCGAAAUAAUUUAAAAUAAACGGGUAAUUUUAUUGAACAUUUACAACGUUCUCGCUAUGGCUGUUACAACUUCCACCCACACGUGUAGUACCAAAGACAAUUCCAUAGUGUUAUGUAAACUCGAAGAUCACUGAAGACUAAUUAUUUGAAAAACUGACGAGAUAUUGUAAAAUUUUGCUCUGAAUAUUUCAAAAAGAAAACUUGUAUAGAGAUUGCGUAAGAAAAACAAUGUUUUGUGUAAUUUAACUUUAUGGAUAAGUGGGGCUUUUUUAUAGAUUCGGUAUCAGGAAAGGAAGUUGUUUUGAGUUAGUACGACUCGACUUAUGUAUAGCAUAAUUUUGUAUCAUCUACGAGUUAGCUUAGAUCAAGCGAGAAAAUGUUCGAAUGUCAUUUUAAAUACGGCUUUAUAGUUUGCCGGAAUGAAGACUUUCUUCAACUCUACCGAAAUGACAUAUUAUUUAUAAUCAAAUUAAAAUUGCUAUUACGAGUACGUUUUCCCACUUGUUCUGAUAUAACUCUUAACUUCACAGUGUCUGUAUGUUAAAAUAAGUUUUAUAGGACGACUCCGAUCCUCGGAGGAUAGGUAUUUAUUCAACACGUGGCUUUAGACGAAUCAUUAUGCUGGCGGAUCGUUAUAUUAUGAAGCGUGAAAACGGCCCAUAGAAUCUGUCAAUGUCUACUAGUAUUAUUUAUCAAAUCCGUUGUAAGAAUAGGUUUUUUGCUCAAUUGUUUGUUGCUCAAAAGUCAAUAUAAUUUUAUCCCUAAUCACUUUGAACGAUAUAACCUUUAACUUCCGUUAUCUCAUCUAUAUUUCUUAGUAAAUUCUACUACGAUUAACAAUAGGAGUGUGGUGAUUCGUCUAAAGCAUUGCAAAUUCAUUGGAUAAGUGUUAAAUUAAUAAAAGGAAGAUGUAAUGAUAAAAAAAAAACUUAUUUAACGCUUUGUACAUUGCUGUGUUGGUUUCGUAUUGUGAUUUGCGUUAAAUCAAAAUAAUAAGUUUGCUCGUUAUCCGUAGUGAUCCUACAAUUAUUCUGUAGUUAGCUUCAUGAACAUAUUUGAACAUCUUUUACUAUGUAACAUUAUAUUUUGAGCCAGAAUGAUCUUAACAUCUGAUGAUUAAACAAAUGGAUAUAUAUAAUGAAAUAAUUUUCAAGAUAAUCAAAUGUAAAUAAUGUUUGUAGUGGUUAAGUAAUUUAUGUAACGUGUCGGAUGUUUGAGUUAUAAAAACAAACCUUUUUCGGUUUCAGUUUUCAAUGUGUAUCGAGAAUGUGUCUCUUGAUAACUGGUGAAGUGUUUAUUUAGAGAACGAAUCGAAAACGUGAACGUAAUUUGGGAAAAUUUGUCGCAGUAUUUUUUAUACAUAAAAAAUAAGACAUUUUCAUAAAUAAUUUAAAGUUAUUUUUAUGUGAAAUCUGAAUUACCACGUUUCUUAGAAAGUAAUGAAAAAUUCACAUUAGACGUACCACCAUUAAUUGAGGACGCAUUUCCGUCUGUAUAAACCAUAUUCAAUAAAAUGUACUUCAAUCUAAAAAUGUCAUAAAUAUUCAAUUUCAAACUUGUUAGUCUUUGACAACAUUAUUCAUGACGAAAUAGAC